AUUCAUUUUAUCAAUAUAAAUUGAUCGCAAACAAUCUGUAUUUUUCAUUUGCCAGUCACAAACCUCUAAAAGCUCAAUUAUAUUUUAACAUCAAUCGUGCAUAAUGGGUUGCCCUAAAACAAUCAUUAGCUUUGCGAUUAUUUCAAUAAUCAUUUCACAGACACAUUCACUCGUUCCAGACAAUUAUGGAAAUGAUUCAAAUGACAGUGAUGGAAUCGUUCAGUAUUUCAAUGAUUUACAAACCAACCACAGUUCAACCGAGCCAACAAAAUUAAUCAACAGCCACAAUAAAAGCCAACCGAAUCCAGAUAAUCACGGAAAUGAAGAUCAUUCAAAUCAUAAAGCCAACCACCGAGUUACUCCUCAUCAGCAUCUCAAAAGUGUUGUUAACAUUAACAAUAACAAUGUCAAUAACUCGCCAUCGAAACACCAUGCACCAGCCAAUAUAAAUCAACAUUCAUCAGGCUCUGGGCAUAACUUUACCACGAAUGAACAAUUAAUUAGUCAAAUGGCUGGGAAUCAGGAUCCAAAAAAAGAGUCAUUAUCUCAUAGCUUUAAUCAUAUCAUCAGCGAUUCGCCUUACCAAUUCGAGUAUUAUGAUCCUGAUUUACCUGGUGUUUAUGACAAGAAUGAUAAACAGUGUACGUUUAAUGAUGAUUAUUGUCCAUUUGGAAAGGCCAAGAUUCAUAAAAUUCGCUGGGAUAAUCAUUUGAAACAUUUAACCAAAAUCCAUCAUCGGUGUGAAAACUUGUUUCCUACUGGACCCUUUCGAUUUCAUGUUUGCUGUGAGACCUUCGAAGUAAUGAUGAUCUCCAAUUUAAUUGAGAUGGCAGCCAAGCUUCUCGAAAAGGAAUGUCCUACUUGUUUUGGCACUUAUCGCAGGAUCCUUUGUAAUAUGGCAACCUCCAUUGUGGCUGAGAAAAUAAUACAACCUUUGCCUGGACCAGAAAGGAUUAAAAUGAUUAGUCGAGAGUUGUAUAAAAGUGACCAAAAGGCCCAUGAAAUGAACCCGUUAAAUCAACAUCACCACCACCCUGUUCAUCGUACUCACCAUCAAGAACAUAAAAGAUCCUUUGAUGAAGAUGGCUCCAUGAAAGCCAAUAAAAGAAUUAAAAUUUGUAUGGAUUGUUGAGAUGAUUGAAGCUCAAAAUAAACCAACCUGAAAUUAAUGAA